AUGAGCUUCGGCUGGUCCAUCAGCGACGUCAUUCUACUCGCGCAAUAUAGCUGGAAAGUGUACGAAAGCUUUGCGGAAGGCACGUCCAACGCGACAACUGAGUACGAUCGCUUCAAGCGAGAGUUCAGACAAGCGAUUUUUUGUCUCGAAAGAAUCGUCAACGUCAGUCCCGAUCUCACUUCGCUUGCAGGCUUCGACGAGACUUUCGGGGAUACCAUCAAAUUUAUUGACAAGCACCGUGUUCUCACUGCUAAAUCGGCGAGUCCUCUGAUCACCAGUCCAUCACAAGCCACCAGUAGGAUCAAAGACUACUUGGGACGCUUUAACCAAGGAUAUCAGACUGCAACAUGGCCAAUAUAUCGCGAGGAGGCAGAAAGACUUCGCCAACAGCUCGAUCGGGUCGUCUCUCUCGCAACUCUCCACGCUACGACGACUACAUUGAAGAGUACACAAGGUAUCGAGAGGCAAUCCGAGGAUAUAAUGCGUGCAGUGAAGUCUUUGAGUGACAAGGUCAACUUCUUGCUAAAAAGGAUAGCUCCGACGUCCAUUGCAGGCACAUCAGGCAUUGACCUCGACUAUCUUGCAACAUUAGCACAUACCAGUAUGGCUCCGCCCAGUUCUAUUGAUCAACUCAUUGCGCCGCUCGACUGGACCAACUCACCCAACGACAUGCUCGAACUACUGGACCAAUUCUCGCAAAAGAUGGAGUACUUGAUAAUGAGAGAUUCUGGCGGCGUGCGCUCGUCGGACUCCAGACAUCGGACCACUAGCGACAACACGCCCGUCACACCCGCCAGGAUCAAUCCUGUUCUUCAACUCCUGGACAGCGCUCGGAGUGUGGCAAAUACAGCACUCGAUGAUGUUGGCCUCCACAGUCUCCCUCAUACGCAGGAUCAGAUUCGAGGGCGUUCGGCCAGCGCUAGUCUAGGGGCUCGAGCUAAUGAUUGGGAUGUCUUUGGUCAAUGGCUCAAAUGGCACCUCCUGCACGAUAACACAAACGAAUUGGCCCAUUCGAGCCAUGAUGUACAUCCCCUCACGGUGGUCUCUGCAUGCUCAUCUCCGGGUUCUACUGGAGGAGCUGUAGCGGUACCAAGACAACAGCUGACUGGACAAUACCGUGACAUAUCUCCAUCCAUUGUAGGCAGCCCUCUUCCAGAACCAGUGUGGACACCUUCGAGUGAGAUAUUCUCAACUCCUGGUACUACAUUCACUUCGAGCAGCAGCGAAAGGAGAUUCAGCUCGCUUGAUCUGGGAUCUGCUUCCUCAGAAAACAACGCACGGUCAACUUCUGCUCUGUGGCCUGUGAAAAUCCUCCUCGAGAAUAAACGCGUCUUUGAUGCUUCGCUGGAGAUACUCGUGACUGCGACCGGUGUCGUAGAAAAGAUCAAGAGUAAGACUCGAGACAAGAAAUUGACGAUAUAUCAUGUGCCGCAGGGUGGGACAAAUAAACUUAAUACAUUUAUCCCAUGGGUGGAUAAUGGUCGUGUACAUAAAUCGAACACGAACGAGGCCAGAUUACAGUUCAAAGGCUCACACCAGAUCAUUGUCAAAGAUGAGCGAACCCACAGAAGCACAAUACACAACACAAGACCAGUGUACUACUUUGAUGAACCCGAAGAUUUACGUCUUGUACAAGAACAACUCCUCGGCAAGACAGUGAUCGCGACCUUCGAUGUUGUACGAAUCUCCACACGUGCCGGUCAAGACCAUUGUGCUUCAGAGACAUUGCGUGUCUUGGAUGACUCAGAAAGACAGAGAUCACUGCUAUAUUACGCUCAUAAGAUGCCAUCAAAGUCUACCACAACCAACCCGGGCUUCGUAGAGUGGACUUGUAGGUGA